CGACAUGCUACAUGUGCCCCCCCAGCCAGGGCCUCCCGGUGGAGGAAGAUGACCACGAGCCGGCGCCCAAGGCAGACGCAGGGACUCGUCUUACAUAAGGGCCAAUUGGAGCGCUCCCAUUCGCUGGCGGGCAGGGCCAGUCAGACGUGGAAACAAACGGUGCGGUGCGGGUGUACGAGCAAAGUGCGAGCCGGCCGGCGAUCGAUAACAGUUUUCCCUUCUAUCGGGAGCUGUCUGGCUCGGAACCAGGCGCUCUCCGCCGCCACCUGCUACCUCUGGAGUGUGUCAUUGACGGUGCUUGUAGAAGCAGCAACAGUAGCAACCGCAGUCGUAGCCGCAGACCCUGCACGCUUGUCCGCAUACAGACACCCCCGCCGCCCGAACCCGCCGUCAGCUGCAUCUAUCUCAUCUUAGCACCGUUUUCCCUUUCCACAAUUUUUUUUCUGGCCUUAGUCCGAUAAUAGCCAAUCAUCCUGCUGCAGGAGCCCAGUCGAUCUUGGUGUUCCCCCGCACACACGCUGCACUACACCGAGUCACCCAUCUAGACUGUACCAGACCAGGGACAACCCACAGGCUGUGUGACAGUGACACGAUCCUUCGACAGACACACGCCCACGCCUGUGCUUGCACACUUU